AUGAUCGCCAAGAAGAUGCUUGAGAAGGCAAAGGUGUACCACACGGUCAAGUGGUCGAAGAGUGACCCCACGAAGCCAGAGGGUAUGUUCUGGGCGCUUGACUGGUCCAAGAACGAGUGGAAGCUCUCCCCGUGGCUGCAGCUAUACGACAAUACUUACAAGACCAAUAACAAGAAGCUCGCCUUCUUUCAAGUUGCUGGGAUCAACGCAAUGGGCAAAAUCUACAGUUGUGCGUUUGGUUUCAUCAACAACGAGCGUCAGGAGGGUUUUGACUGGCUCAUGGAUCAGGUUAACGCCUGCCGCGAGAGCAUCGACGCAAAUCCCCCUGCAGUGACCAUCACAGACUACGACAAAGCCAUGAAGUCGGCUAUAUCUCGAGUUUACCCCGAUGCGGACCAGCAGCUCUGUAUCUUCCACGUGAACAAGAACGUGGUUCUCAACAUCAAAAGAAAGUGGAAGAAAGAUGUGGUUGAGCAGCUCUUGGCGGCGGAGGGAGCUCCAGCAACACAGAGCGCCGUGAACGAAGAGGAGGAGCUUGAUGGAGAAGAUUGGGCAGUGGUUACUCGCCUGAAUAACCUCGCCACCUGUGAGGGCUUGCUUGAACGCCUCCCUGAGACCGUUGAAUACUCCAGAGCCGGCCUUUACAAGCUCUGGGCGCAUGCUAUCUAUAUCAUCAAGCACCUGGAAGAGACUUACAUGACUGCCUCUAUCGUCAAGCAGUGGGCGACCUGCUACACCAACCAGAGGCUCAAUUUCGGUCACCGCACCACAUCUCCAGUGGAAUCCAUGAACCGCUACCUGAAGAGCUUCGUUGUAAACGGCAACAGCACUGUGUUUGAGGCCAUCACGCAGUCCCUCAACAUGGUUAAGGAGAUGGAGGUCAAUUUAAAGGAGGGCCGCGCUCAGGAGACUGGUCGACUCAAGCGUGAAUAUCUCGGCAAGGCCUGGCUUGGAGAGGCUCCCUAUAACGUUGCAAGCCGAGCGUUGAAGAAGAUCUCACUGCAAUACCGCCAUAUGCUCGGAGCAAUCAAGACUCCGGAGAGACCGAAUCCGGCGCCGUUGACCCCUUGCACCGGCCAGUUCACCAAGCAGCCUACCGACAGCGCCGUGUUCGCCUCGGAUCCGAAGGCUCCCCGCUCAACGGCGCCACUCUCCACGCCGCGCGAGUCUCUGCUGACGCCGUCAAUCCACGCCGACCGCCCCCAGUGGGACGGUGUCGACCUUGCUACCGAGGAUGCUUCAGAUCAUGCCAACGCUGAGCAGCCUCGCAAGACAAUAAGCGGCCUUGAAAUGGCUGUGGCUGCUUCUCGCGGAGCUUGUGGAGGUUGA